AAACAACUUGUCUUAUUAAUUCUCUCUCUCUCUCUCCCCCUCUUUCUUUCCAUCAUCAUGCCGGAAUCUCAUAUUAUCCGCCUGUAUCUUCUUAAUUAAUUAAUUAAUUUUCUUCUUCUUCUUCUUCUUCUUCAUCAAUCAGAUCAUCAUAUUAGCACGGAGUAAGCAAAAUGGCAUCAUCUCUGGCUAAGUCGAAUAAAGGUUAUAGGAGGAUGGAAUCUAGAAAUAAACAUUCCUGGUGGUGGGAUAGCCAUAUUAGUCCCAAAAACUCCAAAUGGCUGGCAGAAAAUCUCGAAGAAAUGGACCAAAGUGUAAAACGAAUGUUAAAGCUAAUAGAAGAAGACGGAGAUUCAUUCGCCAAGAAAGCCGAGAUGUAUUACCAAAAGCGGCCAGAACUCGUAUCACACGUUGAAGAGUUCUAUAGAAUGUAUAGGUCGUUAGCUGAACGAUAUGAUAAUGUCACUGGUGAGUUAAGAAAAAACAUCCCAUCAGAUCUCCAAUCUCAAGGGUCUGGGAUAUCUGAUGCGGGCUCCGAACCACCGACAGUGAUAACGUCAUCUAAACCACGAGCUCGGCCUGGGGCUCGGGCUGCAGGUUUUGAUUUCUUUCUUAAAAGUGGCGGGAGUAGCUCAGAUUUAGGGACAAAAGAAGGAGAUGAGACAUCGACGUUGGAUUCUGAAUCAGAAUCUGAUGAUUCCUCUGUGAAUAAUUACUCAAGUACAUCGGCAAACAGUGAUCAUAGAGGGUUGCGUAAGAGAAUUGCUGAAUUGGAAAGUGAGCUUCAGAAGUUUCAUAAGCAGCAAGAUGAAAAUCUCUUGAAGAAUGAUAAUGUUGAAGAAGAUUUGCGUGUUGAAAAUGAAAAGUUAAAGAUUGAACUCCAAAAGUAUGAAUCAAUGAUGCCUCAAAAUGUUGACCUUGAUGAGAUGAAAACGUUUAGCAUAGAUGAAGGUUUGGAAGCGAAAUUCAUGGAGCAAGAACGAAAAAUCCGGGCCCUUGAAUUUGAUUUGAAAGUAAUGAGAGAAAAGCUUAAUGAUUCAGAGGAAGAAGUGAAGAGAUUAAGACAUGAACUCGAGAACAAUGGAUCCUCGAAUAAUCACCUACAGGAAAAGCUCGUUUCAGCCCAGAAGGAAAUUUCAAGUUGGAAAUCAAAACUGGAUAAAGAAAAAAGAGAAGUAAUGAAAGUGCAGGGACGAGUUACAAGGUACAAAGAGAAUCUAUCAGAACGUGAUCGAGAAAUCCGGGCUAUGAGAGAAACGUUGUCAAAUGCAAACAAAACUUUGUCUGAAGAGAAUCUGCAACUUCAAGAACAAGUCACGAAGUUAUUGAAAGAGCGGGCACUUUUGGAUGAUACCAUAAAAGAAUGGGAUCUUCGUUGUCAAUGUUCAGAUGAGGAACUUAGGAGAAUGAAGGUUGUUAAAAUAGAAAUGGAAGGUGAGAUCGAGAAGUUAAAGUUUGAAAACAAUCUUCUUGAGGUGAAAGUCGAUGAAUUCAACCGAGAGUUGUCUUUGAAAGAUGCUGAGAUUAACCAAUUGAGUCAGCAUUUAGAUCAAUUACAUUUAGAACAUGUUGAGUUGGUAGACAAAAUUGAAAAGUCAAAUAAGUCGAUAGAUGAGUUGACAUCUAGAGGUGAAGACUUGAAAAGGCAAGUCGAGAGGCAACAGGAAAUGAUAGACGAAGGAGCAGAGGAGAAACGAGAGGUAAUAAGACAACUAUGUUUUUCACUCGACCACUAUAGAGAUGGAUAUCAAAUGCUGAAACAAGCUUUCAUGGGUCAUAAUAAACGACACACUGUCAUGGCAUCAUAAGAAAUGGACAUCAAAUGGUUCAAAUGAGUUUCCCGGGUCAUAUUAACGGACACCCGUAGGAAAUGGAUAUCGAACACAUCGUCAUAAGUUAAUCAUCUAGGGGCGUUCUUUUGAGUUCUUGUUUUCUUUUGCUCUUUUUUGGUUUCUUUUCGAGUGUGUAAGUAAAGGUCUGAAUGUUGAUGUAUCUUGAUAAAAGCCUGUGUUUUGUCAUGCUACCAUCUUCAGUUUAUCCCUUUAUUUUGUAAGCAUUUAUACUGAUGUGUUUUUCCAGUUCUGCUCAUCUUUGGUGUAAGAAAGAAACAAAGAAUGAUAAAAAGAUGGAAUAGGACCUGGAGCCUUAUAUUGCAGUA